AUGGAAGUAAAAAACAAAUUCAUAAAUUGUUUUAACAAGGAAGAACAAUUAAAACUUUUAAAGAUAAGAAAAGAAUAUCUUGCAAAAGAGAUAGCUAUUCUUAAGAAAGAGCUUUCCAGAGCAAAAGAGGAGAUAAAUAGAGUCAAAUCUGUACCACUUUUAAUGGGCCAGUUCUUAGAAAUGAUUGACAAAAACACUGCAAUAGUGUCGAGUACAGCUGGUUCUAAUGCUAUGGUGAGAAUACUCAGCACAAUAGACAGAGAAGCACUAGUACCCAAUACUACAGUUGCCCUCCACAGACAUUCUUCUGCAAUUGUUGAUGUUUUACCUCCAGAAGCAGAUUCAUCUAUUCCUGUGGUAGGAGAAGAGGAAAAGCCGAAUAUUACAUACAGUGACAUUGGUGGAUUAGAUGUUCAAAAGCAAGAGAUAAGAGAAACAGUAGAACUUCCUAUUCUUCAGUUUGAUCUUUAUAAAGCUAUUGGUAUUGAGCCACCCCGUGGUGUUCUUCUUUAUGGACCACCUGGAACAGGUAAAACAAUGUUAGUCAAAGCGGUAGCUCAUCAUACUAACUCAACAUUCAUACGCGUAAAUGGAUCAGAAUUCAUUCAAAAGUAUCUUGGAGAGGGUCCAAGGAUGGUCAGAGAUGUCUUUAGGCUAGCGAGAGAAAAGGCACCAUCUAUCGUAUUUAUAGACGAAGUAGACUCAAUUGCAACUAAAAGAUUUGAUGCCUCAACUUCUGCAGAUAGGGAAGUUCAGAGGGUAUUAAUUGAACUGUUAAAUCAAAUGGAUGGAUUUGAUCAAAGCUCAAAUGUUAAAGUAAUUAUGGCUACCAAUCGACCAGAUACAAUAGAUCCAGCACUUUUAAGGCCUGGAAGAUUAGAUCGUAAAAUUGAAUUCCCACUACCUGAUAGAAGACAGAAGAGAUUAGUGUUUAAUGCAAUCAUUGCUAAAAUGAGUCUUGAUUCUAGUGUUGAUCUUGAAUCGAUAGUGAAAAGAUCAGAUAAACUUAGCUGUGCAGAUAUAAACUCAGUAUGUCAGGAGGCAGGAAUGUUAGCCGUACGUGCAAGUAGAUAUGUAAUAAAACAGGAGGAUUUUGAAGAGGCAUAUUCAAAGGUAAUUGGAAGAAAGGAUAGCGGCCUUUUCCUUUAUAAUUAA